AUGUCGACCGCCGCGGCUAACUGGUGCUACGCAACCGUAGUCGCGCCCCGUGCCCGCUCCUCCACCAUCGUCGCCAGCCUCGGCACCCCCGCGCCCUCCAACUCCUCCUCCUUCCGCCCCAAGCUCAUCAGGAACACCCCCGUCCAGGCCGCCCCCGUCGCACCCGCAUUGAUGGACGCCGCCGUGGAGCGCCUCAAGACCGGGUUCGAGAAGUUCAAGACCGAGGUCUACGACAAGAAGCCCGAUUUCUUCGAGCCCCUCAAGGCCGGCCAGGCGCCCAAGUACAUGGUGUUCGCGUGCGCCGACUCCCGUGUGUGCCCCUCGGUCACCCUGGGCCUGGAGCCCGGCGAGGCCUUCACCAUCCGCAACAUCGCCAACAUGGUCCCCUCCUACUGCAAGAACAAGUACGCCGGUGUUGGAUCGGCCAUCGAAUACGCCGUCUGUGCUCUCAAGGUUGAGGUCAUCGUGGUGAUUGGCCACAGCCGCUGCGGUGGAAUCAAGGCUCUGCUCUCACUCAAGGAUGGCGCAGACGACUCCUUCCACUUCGUCGAGGACUGGGUCAGGAUCGGCUUCCCGGCCAAGAAGAAGGUGCAGACUGAGUGCGCCUCCAUGCCUUUCGAUGACCAGUGCACCGUCCUCGAAAAGGAGGCAGUGAACGUGUCCCUCCAGAACCUCCUGACCUACCCGUUCGUCAAGGAGGGUGUGUCCAACGGAACCCUCAAGCUGGUCGGCGGUCACUACGACUUCGUCUCCGGCAAGUUCGAGACAUGGGAGCAGUGA